AUGCCUUAUUUGAAUGGUGGAGCGAUAUCAUUGGAUGGUGGUGUAAUCAAAGGAAAAGGGAAACUACUUCUUGGUUACAGUGAUCCGAAGAUAACGUUUCUAGUUGUCUCCGUCAUGCCCAAUACCAUGACCGAGUCAAACGUCCAUUUGGUUGUCGUCACAAGAAGAAAUCUGGAUAAUAAAAUGAAGCGUUUGGAAACAAUCAAAACCAAGAUAAGAGAACAAGAAAAGUUCCACGAGGAACUGGUCAAGGAAUUCAACAAGAGAAAACGCAAGUUCGAUGAGAUCGAACAGAGAAUAACCCAGCCUCGUGGUAAUGAGCUUGUGCUGCGCGCUGCGCUGAAGGCGAAGGACCUUGAUCCAUAA